CACAGCAGUGAAGGCCACAGAUCUGCUCCGUUACUGGCGGAACGUUCAGUAUCAAGCACUGGAGUGACACGGACUGUUUUUGCAGACGCACCGCUGCGCUCAGGAGAGGACAGUUUGAACAGUUUAGGAUGGCUCAAGCGGACAGCAGGGCUCUGGCUUUGGGAGUUCUGGCAGGGGCUGCUGGGAUCAGCUUAGCGAUUGUCUGCUUCCGCAAAAUUGGAGCAGGUGGUGGCAGAGUCCUACACCUGAGCAGCAAUGCAGAUCACACGGCAGGCCGUCUGGGUCUGCAAACGGGCCAGGCGGAGGUGCUGGAUCGGCUGGGUGCUCUGAUCCAUUGCGUGUCUGAGCUCAAAGAGGAGGUAAAAGCCCUGAAGGAUGCACUUCCGCACCUGCAGGACAACGUCAGAGAUCAGCUGAGGGGCCGGAGCGGAGACGAUAUCAGUGCUCGCAAAGCAAGUCCCCUUCAUCGAACUCCCGCCAGGAGAAAAAGAGCAGGUGUCUCAGCUAGAAGUGAAGGACAGAGCUCAGAAGAGGCAGAGAGUGAAGGAGGGUAUAUGACUGCACUGACAGAUUCCGAGGACGAGGAAAGUGAUGAUGAGCGAAAACCACCGCAGGAACCGGUGGAUGAGCUCACGGCCCUGCUGCGGAAAGCAGACCGACUGCACAGCUGUAAUGGUGCAGAGAAAGCAGAAGGCCUGAAUGCUCUACUGGAGAGGAAAGCAGAGUUUGAUCAGAAAUGCCAGUUCCUUUGGCGGUUGUCCAGAGCCUACGCAGAUGCACAUGAUUUUGCUGUAGACGUUGCAGAAAAGAAGAGCUGCGCUGAGAAUGGAAAAAAAGCUGGUGAAGAGGCAAUUUCUAUCAAUCCACAGUGUGCUGAAGGUCAUCAGUGGUAUGCUAUACUCUGUGGGCUCCUGUCCGAUUAUGAAUCUAUUCAGAAUAAAAUUAAAAAUGGUUAUCUUUUUAAGGAUCAUCUGGAUAAGGCGAUUGAGUUGAAACCUGGAGAUCCUCUGUCGUAUUACUUGCUGGGGCGUUGGUGUUAUGCUGUGUCACAAUGUACGUGGAUCGAGAGGAAAAUCGCUGCUACUCUGUUUGGAGAACCUCCCAGUGCCACAGUCCAGGAUGCCCUGCAGUACUUCCUGAAGGCAGAAGAAAUCAGUCCCAAGUAUUCAAAAUACAACUAUGUGUUUUUAGCCAAGUGUUAUAAAGACUUGGGUCAGAGGAGUCAAUCCCGACAGAUGUGUGACGCCGCCUCUGCAAUGAGCAAUGACACUAAAGAGGAUGAGGAAGCACAGAAGGAACUCGACUCUCUUGUAGCAUCACUUUAAUAAGAUUUGAACAAAAGCCGUCUGUCUCUGUCUUCCGUCUUUUUGACUUCGACUGUAACUGGACUGUAGCUGUUUACCCACAAACCAACAUAUGAACUACUAAAGUUGGCCAGGCCACGUGAUUUAUUGUGGCUCUAUUACAGAGGAGCCCAGCAGCAAUUUUUUUUUAUUCAUUUUUAGUUUAUGAACAAAAUACUGUAUGUGUUUUGCAGGACAAUUUCUUUUGAUUCUUUUUGGGGGGGUUUUCAUCCCAGAACAUUCUAGACAGUAUAAUAGUUGCUAUACACAAUGUGGUUGUCACCUAUUGAAGGCACAGUGACUAUCAGUGGCUGCUGUUAGAUUGAUUUUCAAUUUCAUUAAGGAAUAGUUUGCCCAAAAAUUAAACUUUGCGGAAAAUGUACCCAUCAGGCCAUCCAAGAUUUAGAUGAGUUUGUUUCUUCAUCUUAACAGAUUUGGAGAAAUUUAGCAUUACAUCAUUUGCUCAUUAGUGCAUCCUCUGCAGUGAAUGGGUGCCAUCAGAAUGAGACUCCAAACGGCUGAUAAAAACAUCACAAUAAUUCACAAGUAAUGCACACCACUCCAGCUCAUCAGAAAAGAGCUGCUAUUUGUAAGAAACAAAUACAUAAUUUAGGUGCUUGUACAUUUCUAUCACUUUGGGCCAAAAUACAAGUCCAUAAUCUCCUCAUCUGUGCUUAUUUCACUCCUGGUUCAGAAAAGAUGACUUUUUCACUGGAGAAAGCAAUAGUUAAGAUUUGAAGCUAAAAUGUCUUAAAGGAUUAGUUCACUUCCAGAACAAGAAUGUACAUAUAAUUUACUCACCCCUUUGUCAUUCAGGAUGUUCAUGAUUUUCUUUCUUCAGUCGUAAAGAAAGUGUUUCUUGAGAAAAACAUUUCAGGAAUUAUUUCCAUAUAGUGGACUUCAGUGGUGCCCUCAAGUUUGAACUUCCAAAAUGCAGUUUAAAUGCAUCCCUGAUCCCAGCUGAGGAAAAAGGGUCUUAUCUAGCAAAACGAUCUGUCAUUUUCUAAACAAAUUGACAAUGUCUAUACGUUUUUACCUCAAAUGCUCGUCUUGUCACGUCUCUGUGAUGUGCAUGCGUAGCCUGUGUAAUCCGGGUCAAUACAGUUAGGGUAUGUCGAAAAACUUUGUUGUUCUUUGCAUGUUCACUUUGUAAACACUGGGUCGGUAGCAGAGGUUGCAUUAGACUUUAACAUUGUCCGUCAUUUUGACGGACAGGUUUAUAAAAAUUCCGUCAUAAUCUAUUAUUACCCGUCAUUUUAUUUUUCACAUUAUGUCUUUUUAACAACACAUUUAAUUGCUUUUAUUUUUGUUCACAUUUCAUUUUUAAUCAUGAACUUACAUGACAGCGCAGUGUUUAAAAACUAAAUAUGCUAGGGCUGGGUAAAAAAAAUUGAUUUCUCGUUUUUUAUACAUUUUCAUUUUAAUGAACCAAUAUCGAUUCUUAAAUCCCAAUCAAUCUUUUGGUCUGUGCUGUUUUCAGUUGAUGAAUAGUGCUCCUCAUAUCCAAAAAAUCGCAAUAGGCUGAGCUCUAUGCUUUGUUACUUUUGAUAUGAAACAAAGUCUCAGAUUUCAAAUUCUGUCCAUUUCAUUAGAAAAUUCAAGCAAUAAAUACCGUUUGCUGUAGCUAAAGUGGGUAGGCUACUCGCCUCGCCUGUGAGUAAUGAAACGCAUACCAAAAGAUUCCUGACAGUUUUGUUUUUGUUCUGGAUCCUGUGCUCUGCUGCCACAAUGGAGCGCACUCACCACCAACUGGACAGGGGUGGGAAUUACAACUACAAUUUACAAUAGAACACCCUCUAUGUAAUCUGUCAAAGUGACGGACAACCUUCAGAUUUUUCCGUCACUGAUUUAAAAAAAAAAAAAAAAAUCUGUCAAUGACAGACAAUUUUCGGUUAACACGACCCCUGGUUGGUAGAUCUGCAGCGACGUAAGACAAUUUUGAAGUUGGGGAAGAAAACGAGAUGGGAGGUUUUUCUACAUACCCUAACUAUAUUGACCUGGAUUACACAGACUACGCAUACACAUCAUAGAUACGAGAUGAGCAUUUGAGGUUAAAAACCUAUAUAAAUUGUCUGAACGUUCCACUAGAUAAGACCCUUAUUCCUCGGCCGGGAUCAUUUAGAGCAAUUUGAAGCUGCAUUUAAACUGCAUUUUGGAAGUUCAAACUUGG